UUUUUUGAAAGGAAUGUGGAGUAAUAAAUAAUGAAAGAGUGAGGCCCGGCCCGGUCCCAUGUCACAUUCUGUCUUCUAAAACGAAAAACCCUAAACCUAAACUCCACACAUAAACCUCUCCGCCCCAUUCCUCUUGUCUCACACACACAGAGAGGCGAAAAAAUCCCUUAACCUAAAAUUCACAGCGAUGACGCUGUACGUGCUAUACGAGUCCGCGUCGGGAUACGGUCUCUUCUCAGCCGACGGAAUUGAUGAAAUCGGCCAGAACACGGAGGCCGUCCGGAGCUCCGUCGUCGACCUGAACCGCUUCGGUAAGGUGGUCAAGCUCGCCGCCUUUACUCCGUAUGACUCCGCGCUUGAUGCGCUCAACCAGUGCAACGCCAUCUCUGAAGGUCAAAUGACUGAUGAGCUGAGGAACUUUUUGGAGCUAACUUUACCCAAGGUCAAAGAGGGUAAGAAGCCAAAGUUUAGUUUGGGAGUGGGAGAGCCAAAACUGGGAUCACAUAUUUUUGAAGUAACUAAGAUUCCCUGCCAAAGUAAUGAGUUUGUUCUUGAGCUCAUUCGUGGCAUCCGUUUGCAUUUCGUUAGGUUCAUUGAAAACCUAAAGCCUGGAGAUUUGGAAAAAGCUCAACUUGGUCUGGGUCACAGUUACAGCAGAGCCAAGGUGAAGUUCAAUGUGAACCGUGUGGACAACAUGGUUAUUCAAGCCAUCUUUCUCCUGGAUACCCUUGAUAAAGAUGUCAAUUCCUUUUCCAUGAGAGUGAGAGAAUGGUACUCAUGGCAUUUCCCCGAAUUGGUGAAGAUUGUUAAUGACAACUAUCUGUAUGCUAAAGUUGCAAAAUACAUAGAAGACAAAGCACAGUUAUCUGAGGACAAAUUAUCUGGCCUUACUGACAUAGUAGGAGAUGAAGAUAAAGCAAAGGAGAUUAUCGAGGCUGCCAAAGCAUCUAUGGGUCAGGAUUUGUCACCAAUAGAUUUAAUUAAUGUCAAGCAAUUUGCACAAAGAGUUAUGGACCUUGCUGAGUACAGGAAGAAGCUCUAUGAUUAUCUUGUUGCCAAAAUGAAUGACAUUGCGCCUAAUUUGGCUGCAUUGAUUGGUGAGGUUGUUGGAGCACGUUUGAUUUCCCAUGCUGGCAGUCUUACGAACUUGGCAAAGUGUCCUUCUUCUACUCUUCAGAUCCUUGGUGCUGAAAAGGCUCUAUUCAGGGCAUUGAAAACCCAUGGAAACACUCCAAAGUAUGGUCUUAUAUUUCAUUCCUCAUUCAUCGGCCGUGCGUCUGCUAGAAAUAAAGGCCGUAUGGCUCGCUAUCUUGCUAACAAGUGUUCAAUUGCCUCUCGCCUUGAUUGUUUCUUAGAGACAAGUACUUCUGCAUUCGGGGAGAAACUUCGUGAACAGGUUGAAGAACGGCUAGACUUUUAUGAUAAGGGUGUUGCUCCUCGUAAAAACAUCGAUGUCAUGAAGUCUGUCAUUGACACAGUUGAAAGCAAAGAGGAUGAGCCUAUGGCAACAGAAAAUGGAGAUUCGCACGAGGUGCCUAAAUCAGAAAAGAAGAAGAAGAAGAAAGAAAAGCGGAAACAACAAGAGGAUGAAGACCAGGAGAUGCCCGAUGUGAAUGGAGGUGAUGUAGAAGAUGGAACUGCGAAAAAGAAGAAAAAGAAGAGCAAAGAUAAGGACUCGGAGGAUACCCCAGUGGCUACAGAUGGGAAAAAGAAGAAGAAGUCUAGAGCUUGAAAGGUAAAGAGCAAUUUUGGAACAAGAGAUGGCUAUUUGUUGUCUCUAGCCUCGAGCAGGAAUAGAUUCAAAGAUCUAUUAAGCAUUUUAGUUAUCUGUAAUGAUAUGUUUUGCUAUUACGGUGUGACUUUAUCCUCGUUAGAAAAAUGUUAAAAACUCUGAAACCAUGUACGAUGCUAGUUUUGAAUAUUUUAUUAGCAAAGUAAUUUAGUUCUACUGUUUAAA